UCGAUACGCCGCGUAGCACUUGAGGUAAAUCCGAUGCGUUGAAUGCGAAAAUCGUACAGCAAAAAGACGCAACAGAAAAAAAUGUGAACGUUAAGUGAGUGGAUUUUUAAAGUGUCGUGGUUUACCUGUGCUUCAAAUUUUUUAUUGUUGGAACUGUUCUCGCCAGGAGUUAUGGAUUUUUGGCACUUGUGAGGGUUCCACCUGAGGAACCCCUUUCUCACCCCCCUGAAAAUGCUGCGUUACACCAAUGAACAACUCGCUUCGGUGGUGGCCAUCCCCAUCGUGACAAUUCUCCUCGUCUGGACCACCGCCAUUUUCCAACGCAACCGCAAAACCUGGGGCUCUUACGACAUACCCAUAGUUUCGAUCUUAAUCUUAAGCAUCAUCAGGAACCUCACCAUCCUAGCAUACACACUCUUCGUUACGCUAAACCAAAACACUAUCGACGUCGACUACUGCAGCGUCAUAAUUUGGAUUUUCAACUCCAUCCACACUUUUCAAGCGAGUUCUUUAAGCACACUAGCCAUCAUCGGACUCUUCUCUGUAAAAUUACACCGUAAACAACAACACUUGCGUCAGUUUUUGACACCCACUCAUGUUAUUUACCAUUUGUUUUGUUUGACCACACUGUGCGCAUGCGUGGGGGUCGCCGCCAUCUUGGCCCAACACGACCGCGGCGCGAAUUUCAAAAAUCUAACAGUUUUUGACACCAACCCUUGCAAGUUCAUGCCGUUUGAUCUUGAUAUCAAAUACAACGUUUUUAUAAUCGUUUUGAAUGUGUUUUUAGCGUGUGUUUCGGUGAUCGCGUUCAUAGCUACGUGUUUUAACCAUUUUAAAAUUAAAAGAAACGGGUUCGACUAUCUGAAGAAAUCUAAUUCGGAUUUGAGCGAUUUGAGUUUGGGUCUUGGGAAUGAAAAUAAAAAUUAUUAUGACACUUAUACGAUCCAGAGGGGUGGCCACCACUUGGACCACCAUUACUACGAGGGACAGAACAACAAUGUCGUUUGGAAUAGCGACGUGUCGAAUAUUUCGACUACGGUGAGCUCGACCAAUAGUAGACGGCCGUGCAUUAAUCAGCAGCCAGUCAAAAGCGAAGAAGAAUGUAGAACUGGACUGGAAACAAUACAUCCGGUGUUGAUAGUUUGCUAUCUUUUCUACCAUCUACCGCUGAUUGUGUUAUGUAUAUAUCCAGAUCUAGUCGCACCUUGGCCGAUAGCUGGAGUCGCUUUAUGGCUGGGUUUAGUUCAGGAUCUUUUAAUUCCUAUAGGACUCAGUAUAGUCGAUUCACGAUUUUGUAAAUGGGUGUCUAACGUUUACAAGUGUUCGAAAAAGCGAGGAAGCGAUAAGUUGCCACACGUUGGCUUAGAUGGGAAAUUCCGUCCCUUCAGCAGCCCCCCACAAAGCCUUGAAGUUGCGCAACACCACCAAACCAGACCACUUCAAACAAUGGAGCAUCGAUUCCCCAUCACUAACGGCUCUCUAUAUACAAGCAUAGAUGGAAGGUUACCAGUCAUCCACAACUACAGACGCCAUAAAGACUCACGUGCUUUGAAACAACACAACGACCCAAUGCACGUUCGUCGCCAAGAGUUUUUCGACCACUCGUUUCAACCCCCUCCACCUCCGCAACAAGAAGGGUACAGUUGUAGAAGCUGCGAGGCAGACCUUUGCCCAAGUCAUUCAAAUUUGCAUCACUUGAGUCCCCAUUACAUAAACAAGCAGCUUAAUUUAAUGCACCACAGCAAUCUUCUACUUAAUAAGAAUCCACUAUUGGUCAAAAGGACCAGUCUGAGUCAGGAAAGCUUGAGGUACCUUCCGGAAAACCAGGGGUAUCAACAAGAUCAACUGCAUAACCCUAUCAUCAAAAAUUCCAGGAAUUUAGUGAGGUUGAACAAAAUGAGGCUGUGUAAGAGCGAAGAUAGUCUGAAUGACGUCGGUAAAGAGUUGCAGAACUUUAAAAAAAAUCCGGAAGUCUUUCAAAAAGCGAGGAAUAAAGACGUGAAUGAGCAGAUUUUGGAUUACUCCAGUUCGGACGAGGAAUACUUGACAGACAAUAACAACGAACGACAAAAUUUCGAUACUUUGAGCUCGAGGAGCUCGUAUUCGAUAACGACGGAAGCCAACUGUGAUUUUGAGUUCUUUCAGAGUAAGGAGACUAGAAAUCAGACGAAUAAUAAUUUUUGUGAAAAUAGGGUACCGAUGUCGACUUUUAAAACGACAGAUCAGUUUGAUAGAAAUAGUAGACCUAGUUCGAAACGGUCCCUUGAUAAUGUUGUCCAGAUUUUUGUCAAAGACAAUGAUUUUGCUAAUCAUGGUAAAAUCCAAAGGUCUAAUUCUUACAUGACGCUUGAAGAUAGAAAUAAAAAGAGGAAUAAGAAGUUGUUGAGAUCUAACUCGAAACUGUCAGACUGUACUCAUAAUAUUCGACAAAAAAUCAAGUCUGUUGAAUAUUUGCCAAAUUCUAACGCUAGUACUGUUUUUAUAGAAGAUGUAUUUUAUUUUAAUUAUCCCAAUCAGAGAAAUCGUGGAGAAGUAAGGAAUUACGUCGGAAGUGUACCUGAUUUAAAAAAAGUGUUUAUUUCUGAGUAUAUAUGAAGUAUUUAUUGUACUGAGUUUUUAAUUUGUAAAUAGUAACUCAUGUGAUUACAUUAUGUGUAUAUAGAUAAUGAUGAUCAAUAAUAAGUACCUACUGUAUCUUGUAAAUAUUUAGACUAAUAAGGACCUUACCAUGUACAUAUCUUUGUCUAAAAAAAUCUGUUAACGUAUUCAUUAAUAAAUAGGACAAUAUUACGUAUUACUGA